AUGCCUUACAGGAGGUGGCGUUACACCCUUGGAACUGAUGCUAGACGCCUUACAGGAGGUGGCGUUACACUUCUUGGAACUGAUGCUAGACGCCUAACAGGAGGCGGCGUUACACUCCUUGGAACUGAUGCUAGACGCCUUACAGGGGGCGGCGUUACACUCCUUGGAACUGAUGCUAGAUGCCUUACAGGAGGCGGCGUUACACUCCUUGGAACGGAUGCUAGACGCCUUACAGGAGGCGGCGUUACACCCCUUGGAACUGAUGCUAGACGCCUUACAGGAGGUGGCGUUACACUCCUUGGAACUGAUGCUAGAUGCCUUACAGGAGGCGGCGUUACACUCCUUGGAACGGAUGCUAGACGCCUUACAGGAGGCGGCGUUACACCCCUUGGAACUGAUGCUAGACGCCUUACAGGAGGUGGCGUUACACUCAUUCAAACUGGUGUUAUAAAUGUACGCGUUGGAGAAGGCCACGUUGCACACCUUGGAGGAGACAGCGUUACAUUCCUUCUAGGGGACGUUUCACGCCUUGGAGGAGUGAUGGGGUUUGGUGCCUUUGACCUGAGUUUUGAUGGUGGUUGA